GUGGUACAACGCAAAAAACAUGGGGCCGUUUGUAUAAAUGUUUUGAUCGGUUCAACGGUUUUGCUGUGUUGAUUUCAAACUGUAUCAUUGAAAAUCAUCGUGGCUUGAAAAUGUUUCGCUUGACAUUUCUUCUGAUGAUGCCCGUGUUCAAUUUACAAGUUAGCAAAGUCAGUAGUUGUCCCUCAGGCUGGAUGGAGCUACAGUCAUCUUGCUAUUUCGUCAGUACAACGCAAGAAACCUGGCAUGAAGCCAGAACAAUUUGUCAACAGAAGGGUGGAGAUCUUGCUGUUCCAAAAAAUAAAGCUGAAAAUGACGCCAUUUACAAAUUUUCACAAAGAAGAAAACUUACAUAUCCUUUUAUUGGUUUGUUUCGCAAUAAAAACGACGAUAAAUUUUAUACAGUCCAUAAUGUAGCACCUACUUUCACAAAUUGGAAUUCUGGAGAACCAAAUGACUAUCUUGAUAACGAAGAUUGUGUUGAAUUCUCUAAGCAACGCAAGUGGAAUGACAUUUCAUGCACAACAGAAAACAAUUAUAUUUGUGAAAAGUUCAGAGUAUGUCCACGUGGCUGGAUGGAGAUAUGGUCAUCUUGCUAUUUCUUCAGUGGAACAAAAGAAACUUGGCAAAACGCAGGAAAAAAUUGUCAACAAAAAGGAGGAUUUCUUGCUGUUCCAAAGAAUAGAGUUGAAAAUGACGCUAUUUUUAAAGUUGUCCGGCGAAAACAAAUCAAAAAUGCUUUUAUUGGUUUGUCGCGCAAUAAAAGCGACAAUAAAUUUUAUACAAUCCAUAAUGUAACACCUACUUUUAUAAAUUGGGGUCCUGAAGAACCAAACAACGAAGGUGGCAAUGAGGAUUGUGUGCAAUAUAUGAUCUACUAUGGCCGUUGGAAUGAUGAACCAUGCAGUAGAUCACACCAUUUCAUUUGUCAAGCUAACAAUGGGAGUAGUUGUCCACGUGACUGGGUGAAGCUUCGAUCAUCUUGUUAUUUCUUCAGUACAAAACCAGAAACAUGGCAUGAAGCCAGAAGAAUUUGUCGACAGAAGAGUGGAGAUCUUGCUGUUCCAAAAAAUAAAGCUGAAAAUGACGCUAUUUUUGAUGAAGUCCAGCAAAAACAAAUCAAAACCCCUUUUAUUGGUUUGUGGCGCAAUAAAAGCGACAAUAAAUUUUAUACAGUCCAUAAUGUAACACCUACUUUUAUAAAUUGGGGUCCUGAAGAACCAAAUAACUAUCGUGGUAACGAAAAUUGUGUGCAAUAUAGGAUCUACUAUGGCUUUUGGAAUGAUGAACCAUGCAAAAGAUCACACCAUUUCAUUUGUCAACGUAUGAGGAUAAAAUAUAUUAAUGAAUGCUUGUCCGACCCUUGUCAUGUCAAUGCUAACUGUACUGACACUAAAGAAUCUUUUGAAUGUCAAUGUAACGAAGGAUACACUGGAAAUGGGAUCUCUUGCACGAAUAUCAAUGAAUGUUUGAAUGUUCCUUGUGAUGUCAAUGCAAACUGCACUGAUAACGAAGGUUCUUAUGAAUGUCAAUGUAACGAAGGAUACACUGGAAAUGGGCUCUCUUGCACGAAUAUCAAUGAAUGUUUGAAUGUUCCUUGUGAUGUCAAUGCAAACUGCACUGAUAACGAAGGUUCUUAUGAAUGUCAAUGUAACCAUGGAUACACUGGAAAUGGACUCUCGUGUACAAGAAGAUUUUAUUAUUUCCAACCUUCACUUGUUGUGUUAACAAUCAGAGGUGUUGCAGCUGGAAUAUCUGCUGUUUUUGCUUUUGUUAAUCUUGUUAUUGCCGUUGCUGGGUUCUGUAAAUCAAAAAAAAAAAAGGAACAACAUCAGGUAGUUGAGCUUGAGGCAAAAGUUGAGCAUGACAAUGGAGAUCAAAUAUACGAAGAGCCAGGCGAUGUCAUCGGCAAAAUUCCUUCAAAUUUUAGUGAUGAAGAGCGUUAUGAAAUCAUUCAUAAACAGGACGUUCCUCUCCCAAAGCUUCCGACACAAAAUAAAGACGAUGAAGGUAAAUCAGAACAUUCACCAGAGAACUUGGACUACGUAGCAGUAAUUGACCAGCAUUAUCAGCCAUUGAUUCUUCAAACAAACGCCGCUCCCACUGAACAUGACGACCAGCAAGCGUUGCCGAGUACUAGCUUUAAAAAGGCGAAUUAUGGUACUGAUCUGCAGGAAAAGUUAAUUAUCACAGCAUGAAUGGUAUGCCUAACAAGUUGAAAUAUAUUCUGGAUGAAAUAUCAAGUAUGGUAUGGUUAAGUAUGUACUACUCAUGCUGCAUCAACGAAUUUAGGUGCUAGCUAAAGUUUUGUUUUAAUCAUGGUGGGGAGAUUGUCGGAAGUCCGCUCCAUAACACCAAUGAAUAUAUGAUUUUUACUUAAUUGUUUAGUAUGUAUGAAGUAUUUUGUAGGAAAUGUGCGCCUCUCUGCACCACUCCUCAAAAUUCAUUUGUGCAUUUUAAAUCUUGAGAGGACUAUUUUCAAGAGAAUUGUUUCCUUUUAUUUCAUAAAGAAGAAAAUGAGCUCGUAAACCAUCUAUUGCUUCAGUUGUAUUUCAGUAGCCGCUAUUGACUUAACGCGUCAUUUGAAUUGCCUUCAUUUCAAUGAUUUUCAUUUUCUACUUAA